AUCAGCAUUCAGUGGAAUUCCAUACUCCAGAAGUUCCACAUUUCACUUGGAACUGUUGGUCCAAACUCAGGUUGCAGUAACUGUCACAACACAAUUCUGCACCAGCUCCAGGAGAUGUUUAAUAAAACACCCAACGUGGUGCAGCUGUUACAGGUUCUGUUUGACACUCAGGCUCCGCUAAACGCCAUCAACAAGCUCCCCACCGUGCCCAUGCUGGGCCUGACGCAGCGCACCAACACGGCGUACCAGUGCUUCUCCAUCCUGCCGCAGUCGCCCACGCACAUCCGCCUGGCCUUCAGGAACAUGUACUGCAUCGACAUCUACUGCCGCAGCCGCGGCGUCGUCGCCAUCCGUGACGGCGCCUACAGCCUCUUCGACAACAGCAAGAUCGUCGAGGGCUUCUACCCUGCGCCCGGAUUGAAGACAUUCCUGAACAUGUUUGUUGACAGCAACCAGGAUGCACGAAGACGAUCUGUAAAUGAAGAUGAUAACCCACCCUCUCCUAUUGGAGGUGACAUGAUGGAUUCAUUGAUGUCUCAACUCCAACCCCAGCAACCACCACCGCAACCACAACAACAGGCAUUUGCGAAACAGGCAGGUGCCUCGGGAGCAUAUCCUCUCACUUCUCCACCCACCUCCUACCACAACACGGUGACGCCAUCUCCAUCCAUGAUGCACACACAGUCACCAGGAAAUCUGCAUGCUGCAAGCUCACCUAGUGGAGCUCUGAGAGCACCAUCACCAGCGUCGUUUGGUCCAACUCCUUCACCUUCUUCCCUUGGAAUCACAAUGGGGCAAACGGCCAACUUUGCCAGCCCACACGGUACCAUAGACCCAAGCUCACCAUACACCAUGAUGUCACCCAGUCAGCGUGCAGGGAACUGGCCGGGAUCUCCGCAGGUCUCUGGUCCCUCACCAGCAGCACGAAUGCCUGGAAUGUCACCAGCCAACCCUUCCCUCCAUUCACCCAUCCCAGAUGCCUCUCAUUCCCCACGGGCUGGAACAAGUUCCCAAGCAAUGCCGACCAGCAUGCCUCCGCCUCGUAAACUACCUCAGCGGUCCUGGGCUGCCUCCAUCCCCACCAUCCUCACUCACAGUGCCUUGAAUAUUCUGCUGUUGCCCUCUCCUACCCCAGGCCUCGUGCCAGGACUAGCUGGCAGCUAUCUUUGCUCCCCUCUCGAGCGAUUCCUUGGAUCAGUUAUUAUGAGGAGACAUCUUCAGAGGAUCAUCCAGCAGGAGACGCUCCAACUAAUAAACUCCAAUGAACCAGGCGUAAUUAUGUUCAAGACAGAGGCGCUGAAGUGCAGGGUUGCUCUCAAUCCCAAAACCAACCAGACUUUGCAACUAAAAGUGACACCUGAAAAUACAGGACAGUGGAAAUCAGAGGAAUUACAAGUUUUGGAAAAGUUCUUUGAAACAAGAGUUGCAGGACCACCUUUUAAAGCAAACACCCUAAUAGCCUUCACAAAAUUACUAGGGGCUCCAACACACAUCCUCAGGGACUGUGUACACAUCAUGAAGCUUGAGCUGUUCCCGGAUCAGGCAAGUCAGCUGAAGUGGAAUGUGCAGUUUUGUUUAACAAUUCCUCCUAGCGCACCGCCAAUUGCGCCUCCGGGAACACCUGCUGUUGUGCUGAAGUCCAAAAUGUUGUUUUUUCUUCAGCUAACGCAGAAAACAGCAGUCCCCCAGGAAGCUGUUAGUAUUAUCGUCCCGAUUAUUUAUGACAUGGCUUCGGGUACAACUCAACAGGCCGACAUUCCCAGGCAGCAGAACUCUUCUGUUGCUGCUCCAAUGAUGGUUAGCAAUAUUCUAAAGAGGUUUGCUGAACUGAAUUCACCACGACCAGGUGAAUGCACAAUAUUUGCCGCCGUUCGGGAUUUGAUGGUUAAUCUUGCGCUGCCCCCUGGUGGGCGUCCCUAGACACUUUUAAAAGAAGGCUGAAAAAAAAAAAAAAAAAGAGACAAAACGGCAAAAAAAUAAAUAAAUAAAAUCUCUCGCUGAAAUAAGCCUUCGGUUAAAAGAGGACGUUUAAAUUUCACUUGUUUUUUUUUUUUUUUUUAAAAAGAGCUAAAUAUAAUAAACUGGCAAACUUUCAGGGAUGCACUUUCAUCAAAUGAGUAUCACCACGACUUUUGUAUAGUGCUGUUGUAUAGUGUGUUUUAAUGGGAGACACUUCAGACUAGGUAAUAGAUUGAAGUAUCAGCUUGCUGGUAAUAGAUUUAAUAUUCUGUUUUAUACUAUAAAAACUAUGAAAAUGCCAAACUUGUUUGUUUUUUGUUUUUCUUAUGUUUUGGUGUAAUAGUCUUUUUUUAAGGCAGGUCUGUCAUUUUGAAUACUGUAAAACUGUGACAAACUUUAUAUUGAAGCUGUAUUUUAAUAUGACUGCUUUGAAUCCUUAAACAAAUUAUUUGGGCUUGUUGUAAACAUGUCCCCAAAAAGCAAUAUUUAAUAAACUGGAUUAAAAAAAUCUUAA